AUGAAGCAGCAGGCCUCUGACAGCGAGGCCUACGUCACCCUCACCAGCGGCAGCAGCGAGGAGGACGAGGAGGCAGAAGCCAGCCCUCCCCGCGCCGCUGCAGCCAAGCGCCCGCGACGCGCCGCCGCUCCUCCCGCCCGCCGCCAGCCUGCACGGGGCCUGCUGUCCCCUGCCAGCGCCACCACCGACAAGCGGGGAGCUGACGUGGCAGCAACCAGACAACGCAGGGGAAAAGCCGGAGGCAGUAGCAGCGAUGAGGGUGCUGCACCCCGCCGCCGAGGCGAGCAGCUGGGUGCGGCGACUGCAGGCGGCGUGCGCCGCAGCAGCCGCCGGGCCGCUGCCGGCGCAGCGGCUGCGCGGCAGCCGGGGCAGCGCCAGCAGCAGGCGGCGGCCCUGGUGGAGCUGCGGCAGGCCAGGACGGACCGCGCCGCGGCGGCGGCGGCGGCCGCUCGGCAGCACCGCCGGCGGGCAACCGCCGUCGUACGGGACAGCAGCAGCAGCGAGGAGGGAGGGGAGCCGGGCGGCGGCGGCGGCGACGACGGCAGCGACGACAGCGACGCGCCUGCCGCGCUGCCGAGCCGACGCCGCGGCGCGGGGGGCGGCAGGAGGCGCUCCCAGUUCCUGGCAGGCGCGGCAGACUAUGUUCCGUCGGAGUCUGAUGCCGACAUGGAUGACUUCAUAGCGGCUGACGGGGAGGAGGGCGGCAGCAGCAGCAGCGGCGGCGAGGAAGACAGCAGCGGCGGCUCCGGCGCCAGCGGCGAGCAGGCAGCGGGGCGGGCGCAGCGGCGGGACACGCCCGGCACGCGGGGCCGGCGCGCGGCGGCGGCGGCCAGAGGCUUUGCGGCGGCGGCGGGGUCGGCUGCGGCGGCGGCGGCAGGCUGGGAGGAUGACGAUGAGGCUGACCCUGCGGCGGCGGCAGCAGUCGGGAGGCAUGCUGCCGACGGCGGGGCAGGGCAGAAGGAGGGGAGUGAGGAGGAGGAGGAGCAGCAGCAGCAGCGGCGCAGGAAGCGCAAGCCUGCCGCCGUGGUGGAAAGUUCCGAGAGCGAGGAGGAGCUGCCGGUGCUGGCAGGCGGCGGCGAGCCAGCAGGAGCAGCAGCAGCAGCAGCAGGAGCGGGUGCGGCGGCAGCAGGGGUGGAGGCCACGCCUGCGGGCAAGCGGCGGCGGCUGCAGAAGCAGGGCUCGGGCUCCGCUCGGGGCAGCGCCGGGAGCAGAGGAGAGCAGGCGUCCAGCCGGCGGCACCCCCAGCAGCAGCCGACGCCGGACGAGGGGCGGGUGCAGCAGCAGCCGACGCAGGACGAGGGGCGGGUGCAGCAGCAGCAGCAGCAGACGCCUGCGGUGGCAGGGCUGCGAGGGGCAGAGCAGGGGGAGGAGUCGGGGGAAGAGGCGGCGGCGGAUGAUGAUGAGGAGGAGGGGGAGGUGUCUGUGCUGACGGAUGAGGGAGACCCCGAUGCUGAAGGGCCGCAGGGCAGCGGCGAGCAGGACGGGCGGCAGCGGGGGCGGCAGGAGCGGCGGGAGGGGGAGAAGCGGCGGGGCAAGCGGGCGGCGGGGGCGGGCGCUGACGUGGCAGGGGAGUCGCCAGGCUGGCAGCGGGCCGCGGAUGUGCUGGGGCUGGGCAGCUACAGCCAGCGCGAUCUGUUUGCCAUCUAUGUGGAGUACCAGCUGCUGUGCUACGCAGACCCGGGGUCUCACGCCACCCGGGAGCUGAUCCUGAAGGGUGUGCCCUACACGCCGCUGUGGGGCGACGCGGCCCUCAUCAGCAACCGGCGCCUCAGCGACCAGUUUGCCGCAACCUCUCCGGUGUUCAAGAUGAGGCAGCACCUGCCUGGUGGCACGCCCGGUGGCAGCACACCCGGUGGCAGAGCUGGCAGCGGCGGCGGCAGCCGCAAGGAGGAGGAGGAGGAGGAGGAGGCAGGCCCCGGCAGCGGCGCCGCCUCCCGGCAGAGCGCACAGCACCGGCGGCGGCAGCAGCAGCAGCAACAGGAGCACGGCAGUGGUGGCGGGGAGGCAGGGGAGGGCGGCGGGCGGUAUGUGCGGCUGCGGUUCGCUGUGGGCCGCUUCUGCUGCGCGCGCCUGGCGCUCUACCACGCCCUGUUCCACUGGCGCCGCCGCCUGCUGGCCCGCCUGAAGGCGGAGCUCAAAUCGGAGUUGCGCAGGCGCAGGCGCGGCGGCUUCCCGCGGGACCGCUCCUCCGUGUGCGAGGCGGUACUGCGCAAGGACUCGCUGCUGGCCGACCUGUACCGCAACUUCAGGCGCCUGCUGGAGCUGGCCGAGCGGUACCAGCUGUCGGGCGGGGAGGAAAGCCGGGGAGGGUGGAGGUCUGAGUUUGGGGAGAUGCACGCUGAGGUGACCGCCGCCCAGGCAGAGCUGCACAGCGACAGCGAGGCGGAUGAGGCGAGCGUGGUGUGGCCCGACGAGGCCAGCAGCAGCGAGGAGGAGAAGGAGGAAGAGGAUGGUGAUGAGGAGGAGGAAGAGGAGGAGGAGGAGGAGGGCGCAGGCGCAGCGGGCAGCGGCGGCGAUGGCCGGCCGGCCAGCCGGGGCCGCCGCCUGCGGCAGGGGCGCAUCCAGUUUGGAGCCUCGUCGCCAGUGCAGCAGCAGCAAGAGCUGCAGCCGCAGCACGAGCAGCAGCCACAGCGGCAGCAGCAGCAGCAGCAGCAAGAGCAGCAGCAGCAGCAGCAGCAGGAGGGUGGGCAAGCUGGUGUAGAGCCGGCUGCCCAGGCGUCGUGCCCGGAGCCCUCGCCCCCACCCCAGCAGCCGCAGCAGCCGGGGCAGCGGCGCCUGAGCGCCGCAGGCCUCAAGCAGAUUGACAUCCGCCGCUUCUUCGCCAGCCCCAAGCAGCAGCAGGGCCCUGGCAGCAGCAGCGGCGGCGGUGGCGCUGGAACCGAUGCCGGCACCCUGGGCGGAGCGUGA